UUUUGCUCAGUUCCAAUGGAAAUGUGGCUGCUAACACUUGGAUUCACGAUGCAGCUCCUGCUGCUGCUGCUGCCCCACCCCGGAUUUUCCAGCGGAGUAAGGGAGCCCUAUAGAUACGAUAGGUAUGAGGGCAAUCCCUUCCUCAACCGCCCACCGAAUCUGGAGCGAAACUGAUGUGCAUAGCCGUACGAAAGGGGUUUCGAAAAAAUACAAUAAACUAUUGAAUCGCUGGGGCA